AUUUAAAUAAUUAAGUCCAAUCCAAUCCAUAGAUCUAUUGCAAAAAGUGUGAAUAUUAAAUUAUAAUUACACAGCCCAAGAAUAAAUGAAAACGCUAAAAGGUUUCGCGAGUGGAGAGCAUAUAAUCUGCCCGCCAAGCAACCCCUUAAAACAUUUAGUAUUCAGCUUUUUGUGCACUGAUCCAACUCGACUCGGCCUUUUUCUCUGAGUUGACUCGGCCGAGUUUUAUAGCGAGAAGGCGAUAUAGCUGGGGUUUGAUUUGGCGAUAACAAUGGACGAAGAUUCCGUCCGUGGUGGAGAUUCUCACCUCAAGACUUGUGUCGUCCUUGGCGGCCGAGGGUUCACUGGUCGAUCGCUCGUCUCCAGAUUGCUUCGUCUCGGAAACUGGACAGUCCGUGUCGCUGAUUCCGGUCACACUCUCCAUCUUGACGCAUCCGAUUCGGUCCUCGAGGAUGCUCUCUCCUCCGGCCGCGCUUCUUAUCACUCCGUCGAUGUUCGUGAUAAACCUCAGAUCGUUAAAGCUACUGAGGGUUCCUAUGUUGUAUUUUACAUGGGAGCUACUGAUUUACCUUCCCAUGAUUACUUUGACUGCUACAAGGUUAUAGUUCAAGGUACAAGAAAUGUGAUUUCUGCCUGUCGUGAGUCUGGAGUCAGAAACCUUAUCUACAACAGUUCAGCUGAUGUUGUUUUUGAUGGUUCCCAACCUAUACGUGAUGGUGAUGAAUCCUUGAGACGCCCUUUGAAGUUCCAAUCCAUGCUGACAGACUUCAAAGCUCAAGCGGAAUCUUUGAUCAAAUUUGCAAACAACCGUGAUGGUCUCUUAACUUGUGCACUUCGCUCUAGCAUUGUAUUUGGACCUGGUGACACAGAGUUUGUACCUUUCCUGGUGAAUCUAGCCAAGUCCGGAUAUGCAAAGUUUAUAAUCGGGAGUAGUGAAAACAUGUCUGAUUUCACUUACUCAGAGAACGUUUGUCAUGCACAUAUUUGCGCCGCUGAAGCAUUAGAUUCAAAUAUGGAGUUUGUGGCUGGAAAGGACUUUUUUAUCACAAACCUCAAGCCGGUUAGAUUUUGGGACUUUGUAAGCCACAUAGUUGAAGGUCUGGGAUACCCAAGACCAUCCAUCAAACUUCCUGUUCGGCUGGUUUUGUUUGUUUUCUCACUUCUUAAAUGGACACAUGAAAAGGAGGGCCUUGGGAGUAAUUAUGACACAGCUCAUCAGUAUGCUCUGUUAGCUUCAUCGACGAGAACUUUUAACUGCAAUGCAGCUAAGAAGCAUCUUGGUUACACACCUGUUGUGACACUUGAAGAUGGAAUUGCAUCAACGCUUCAAUGGUUCUCUCGGGAUCUUGAGAAGUUCGAUGACACAAUCAUUCAAUCUACUGCAGAUCAGCUUCUUGGUUGUGGGAAAGUUGCAGACCUCUUGCUGUGGAGAAAUGAGAAGAAAACCUUCCUUUCUUUCCUUUUCCUCAACUUGUUUUAUUACUGGUUCUUCUUUUCUGGAAACACAUUUACUUCAUCUGCAGCCCAACUUCUGUUUAUAUUUGCUGUUGCUCUCUAUGGAGUCGCUUUUGUACCUUCAAAGAUUUUUGGGUUUCAAGUCAAGAAAAUACCCCCAUGGAGAUUUGAGAUCUCGGAAUCCGCUGUGAGAGAUCUUAGUAGAGAUAUCGUAGUUGUAUGGAAUCAGGGAGUUCGAGGUUUUAAAUCCUUAAGCAUAGGAGGAGACUGGAUCAAGUUCUUCAAGAUUGCAGGAUCGCUAUAUCUCCUCAAACUGAUCGUAUCCCGUUCAUUGGCUGCAUUUCUUUUCACAGUGAUGUCGUUCUCAUUCACAGCUUUCUUCAUCUACGAGCAAUACGAGCUUGAGCUCUACCACCUAGCCCGGAUCUUCAUCGAAUGCUUAACAGUUCUUAAAAGGAUGGUGAUACCUGUUUCUGGUGCUUCAUCUAAACCAAUGUUCAUGUGAAGCUUCCAAAGUCUACUAAACGAACACCUACAAACCCAGAGACUAAUUGCAGUUAUUAGAUGUCUUAUGUACAAACAUUAUGCUAAUCUUCAGUGAGAGCCCUUGGGGUUAUGGAUUUUCGGUUUAUAUAUGAUUACGAUUAUUUACGAAUUUGCCACAA